AUUUUUCCGUCUGUAUCGAGUCAGAGAUCGACACACUCUUCAAUCCAAACUUUCACUCGUCUAGUAUGUGUGGAAUAUUUGCGAUACAUGGCGUCGACCAGCCUGCUAACCACAGAACACAUGCAAUUGCUUGUUCCAAGAAGCUUCGCCAUCGCGGUCCGGACUGGUCAGGCUGCUACGUUGGUAAAGAAGCUAUCCUUGUCCAUGAACGGCUUGCCAUCGUCGGUGUUGAUACGGGAGCACAACCUCUUCUCAGUGAAGAUGGAAAGGUUAUCUUGGCCGUAAACGGCGAAAUUUAUAACCACCUUGCUCUGCGUCAAAGUCUUGAAUGUGAUGUAAAGUUCAAAACUCAUUCGGACUGUGAACCAAUUCUUGCUCUCUACAAGAAGCACGAUAAAGAUCUGUGUUCUCUACUUGAUGGAAUGUUCUCCUUCGUAUUGUUAGAUGAAUCGGUGGCGCCUUCACGGAUAAUCGCCGCUCGGGACCCCAUCGGUAUCACGACUCUGUAUCAAGGAUGGAGUUCAAAGAGGCCCGGGACCGUAUACUUUGCUUCAGAACUCAAAGCACUUGUUAAUGAUUGUGACAAAAUCAUCUCAUUUCCCCCAGGACAUGUUUAUGACAGUCAAGAUCAAUCGACGACUCGCUACUACACGCCCUCGUGGUGGAACGGUGACCUCGAUGGAGAUGCUGCUAACAUUCCGACAACGAAAGCUGACCUCGAGCUCAUCCGAACUACGUUGGAGGACGCAGUACGAAAGCGUUUAAUGUCCGAAGUACCUUAUGGUGUUCUCCUCAGUGGAGGCCUAGAUAGUAGUCUGAUUGCAUCUAUCGCCGCAAGAGAAACGGAAAAAGUGGCCCAAGCGCAGUACGAGCUUAGACAAAAAAAGCUCAAAGAACUUUCGAGCGGUCCCUCCACACCAACACUCGCUUCAGAGCUCACAACCCUCGUUGCAUGGCCUCAGCUUCACUCCUUCUCUAUUGGUCUCGAAAACUCCCCAGAUCUGAUCGCUGCUCGGAAAGCCGCACAUUUCCUCGGAACUGUGCACCACGAGUAUGUCUUCACGGUUCAAGAGGGUAUAGAUGCUAUACCAGAAGUGAUCUAUCACCUUGAAACCUUCGAUGUGACCACCGUCCGGGCAAGCACACCGAUGUAUUUGCUCAGUCGCAAGAUCAAGGCAAUGGGCGUCAAAAUGGUCCUCAGUGGCGAAGGCAGCGAUGAGAUCCUAGGCGGUUAUCUCUACUUCCACGCUGCACCGGAUGCAAAAUCAUUCCAUCAAGAAUGCGUUAAGCGGGUCAAGAACCUCCAUACCGCCGACUGCCUGCGAGCUAACAAAUCAACGAUGGCGUGGGGACUCGAAGCUCGAGUACCUUUCCUCGACAAACAAUUCUUGGAAGUCGCGAUGAAUGUGGAUCCGAAGGAAAAGAUGUUUUCUAAGGGAAGCUCUCAGGAGGUGGACGAAGAUGGCCGUCCCAAAAUGGAAAAGUACAUUCUCCGGAAAGCAUUUGACUGUUCGCCAGACGGAAAGCCUUAUCUUCCCCGUUCUAUACUCUGGAGACAGAAAGAGCAGUUUUCGGAUGGUGUCGGUUACUCCUGGAUCGACGGUAUCAAAGACAACGCCGCUACCGUCGUCUCAGACGAAGCUUUCGCUGAUCGUGCUUCAAGAUGGCCAGACGAUACCCCAGACACGAAAGAGGCGUAUUACAUUAGAGACAUCUUCGACGGCCUAUUCCCUAGCGAGGCCGCAGCAAGUACGGCCAUCAGGUGGAUUCCAAGAGGUGACUGGGGAUGCGCAUCAGAUCCGUCUGGACGCAGUGUCAGUAUCCACAGUGCCGCCUAUGAGAGUAAGGACUAGGGAGUCGGUAUAGCAGUUGAUGUACUUUAUAGAGAUCUCGAGAAUUGACGCUAAGUACCUCUGGUGCUAAAUGAUGCUUUGACCAGAACCACCAUUACCUCCCAUGGCUCCACAUGCAUUGACCUUUUAAGGAAGAUCAUUCAGAUGAAGAUGGGUAGCUAGAAGGAACAGGAGACAACGGCCGUCCGACUCCCUUCGGAAAUCUGAUUAUCUUCAA